AUGCCCCACGAUGAUGACAGCCGGUGUCAGCGAUAUCGAGGCGAUUCGUCCGGAAACAAUCGAAUCAUGUCACGCACGAUCGACCAUAACACGCAUCCCUGGCAGUGGUCCAAUUGUUCAAAACAAAUUCUGAGCGAAUACUUUGAAAAAAAUCCAGAAAACUGCUUGCUGAACCACCCAUCGACGGAUCUGAUGUCGCCAGAUACUACGCUGGCUGGGGAAAAGUUUACCAACAACAAACAGUGCGAGCUGGUGUUCGGCAAUGGUUCGAAAAUCUGUUCCUACAUGCCGACCUGCGCCCGGCUUUGGUGCAGCUGGGAGAAUGAAAUGUCCGGCUGCAAAACGCAACAUAUGCCGUGGGCUGAUGGAACCGAAUGCCAGGAGGGACACUGGUGCCAGAAAGGUCAGUGUGUCCCAAUCGAUCGGACAGCACUAAAGCCACAGAACGGAGGAUGGAGUGGGUGGAGUGCCUUCAACGUCUGUUCACGAACUUGUGGUGGAGGUGUUCAGAAACGUACCCGUGAAUGCGACUCUCCAAAGCCGAAAAAUGGUGGCAAGUUCUGCACGGGAUUACGCAUUGAGUAUCGUGCCUGCAAUACAGACGCUUGUCCGAACUCACGGUACAACUUCCGCGAGGAGCAGUGCCACGAGAUGGACGGUCAGAACUUUGAUGUGCCAACGCUCGAAUCGAAUGUCCGAUGGAUCCCAAAGUAUGGUACACCGCUGGCAGAUCAGUGCAAGUUGUUCUGCCGUGCGCAGAACAAGAGCCUGUACUUCAUGCUGCGCGAGAAAGUGAUCGACGGUACACCGUGCACGUUUCCGGAGGAUAGUUUCGAUAUGUGCAUUAACGGGCAGUGCCGCAAGGCGGGAUGCGAUUAUGUGCUAAAUUCCGACUCCAAGCUCGAUCAGUGCGGUGUAUGCAACGGGAACAAUGACACCUGCAAGGAAGUGAAGAGAACGUUUUACUACGGCAAUCAAAACAGCGUUUACAAGGUGUCGCCCGACAAAUCGAUCGAGUUUCAUAUACAGGAUGGUGCCACCAACAUUAACAUCGCACACACGGGCUACAUGAAAGAUGCAUCCUUUUUGAGUUUGAUGAGUGGAAAUGAGAUCAUCUUCAAUGACCCAAAACAUCCCACACCGCACACAAGCAAACAUCGACUGUUUGCCGGAGUGCGGCUAGAGUAUACGGUGCACGGGUCUCACGAACGCAUUACAUCCACCUACGGACGUCCGCUGAAGGAAAAGCUUACCGUACGGCAUGUACGCAAAGGGAACAGCGAUAAAACAUUCAACGGUGAGGUGAUGUACAGCUACAUGCUGCCGAUUCCUUCGCCCUUGGAGGACAGGCUCUCCAAUUCGAUACAUUCACAGCAUGAACACGAGCCUUACAAACACACGCAUUAUACGCACUAUCCGCACCACAACGCUAACAGUGUGCAGCGGCUUCAGCACACGGUAUUUGCACCCGAGUCACCGUACCGGUGGGAAAAUUCCGACUGGAUGGAUUGUGAUCAGCAGUGUACGGGCAGGCGAAGGCGUACAUCCAUCUGCAAAAACACCAACACAUGGCAGGAAGCAUCGCCGGAUAAUUGUAAUCAAUCGGCCAAACCGCAAGAUUCAUACGAGCCCUGCAACACGGAUUGCAAGUUCGAAUGGGAGUCCGGUCCGAUCGAGUGUUCGAGUGCCUGUGGCGAAGGAUACAAACAGAUCGACUAUUUGCCCGUGCAAGAACGCAACAUGGAACUAUUCGUCAUGGAAUAA